GACGCGUCAUAAGAAAAACAUUAAUAAUAUUAAUAACCUUAUUAGAAACAAUAAGCAUAUUAAAACAUUGUAUAAAGAGUAUCAAACUGAGCGAAGUGCAACGAGGGAUUUAGUUCGUCAAAAUACGAUAAAAGAAUGUAAAGAACUUGAUUUGUCGAAAGUUCGUACUUUUCAAGAGGACAUGAUGGAUAUUGAUAUGAAUCAAGAUGAAACAUUAGAUGAAAUAUUAGAUGAGUCGAAUGAUCGUUUGACAUUAAAUCAAGCAAUUGAAAUAUUAUCGAUUGCAGAAAAACAAAUGACAGAUGAGAUUAAAAUUAUGGAGGUGGAACGUAAUGAAUUAUUUCAGGAUAUUCAAAGGUAUUUUGUUAUCCAUAAUGAAUGUUUAUGGGAUAUAUUUGAAUUGGGCCAAAAGGACUUCCUGAAGCCGAUAUUAUCGAAGAUUUGA